CUUCUAUCAGUAGUAGUUAUCUAGUAGAAGUGAAUGGUACAUAGUUAUCGCCUAGAACACUCAGAUCACUUGAACGCAAAUGUUUCUUAUCACUGUCACCAGCCUACUGGCGGUCGCCCACGCCGUCGAAUUCCCCGCCUACUUCCAGUUCGGCGUCGGCACGUCCGCCUAUCAAAUCGAAGGAGGCUGGGACGCGGACGGCAAGGGUGAAUCCGUUUGGGAUCGAUUGGUUCACCACCGCCACCAUCUAGAUGGAUUCGUCACAGAUGGCAGCACCGGUGAUGUCGCCUGUGACAGCUACCACCAGUGGCGUCGAGAUGUUCAGAUGGUGAAGGAACUGGGAGUGAACGUUUACCGAUUCUCGAUCGCUUGGAGUAGGGUUUUGCCGAUGGGAACGAGGGAUUCCUUGAAUCAGAAAGGAGUGGAGUACUAUAGCAAAUUGAUCGAUGAACUUCUAUCUAACGGAAUAACGCCCAUGGUAACGCUUCUGCAUAUGGAUCUUCCGCAAGCAUUGCAGGAUCUUGGAGGGUGGAUGAACCCUGACAUUGUCAGCUAUUUCGGCGAAUACGCUGAUGUAGCUUUUUCGACAUUUGGUGAUCGUGUUCAGCUGUGGACCACGAUCAACGAACCCGGCCAUUACUGUAUGGGCGGUGAGGUUAUUGCCGAUCCGUUCUACAAUGGAGUCACGGAAUACCAUUGCGUUCACAACUUGGUGAAAGCUCAUGCGGAAGCUGUGCAUUUGUAUCGGGCGCGAUAUCAGCAACGGCAGAGAGGGAGCAUUGGGAUUUCUUUGGGCGCCACGUGGUCAGAACCGGAAAAUGAUUCCGUGGAUGAUCGGGAAGCUACCGAGUGGGGCUUACAGUUCGAGUUGGGCUGGAUCGCUCAUCCGAUUUUCGUCGGAGACUAUCCCCAAGUGAUGAAGGAUCGAGUGACGAACUUGAGCGCGGAGCAGGGAUUCAAGGAAUCGAGACUUCCGAGUUUCAGCGAAGAGGAGAUAGAUCGAAUCAAGGGAACGGCUGACUUUUUAGGGUUGAACAGUUAUACUAGUUCAUUGGUGAAGAAGAACGGCUUGGACAAUCCAGCGGGUUACAAAGUACCGUCGCACGGUCACGAUUCCGGGAUCGUGCGAAGUGUCGAUCCAAGUUGGCCAUCUUCGGAGGCUUCCUGGAUAAAGGUCGUACCGGAGGGUCUGAGGAGGCUGCUCAACUGGAUUCGGGUCGAAUACGACAAUCCAUCGGUGUGGAUAACGGAGAAUGGAGUUGCGACGGCGGUCGGGACUGUGGAUGAGAGACGUGUGGAUUACUUGAACGGCCAUCUUGGAGCGACACUGGACGCCAUUAAAGAUGGCUGCAAUGUCCGUGGAUACCUGGCGUGGAGUUUAAUGGACAACUUUGAGUGGAACUUCGGCUAUACGUUGAAGUUUGGGUUGUACCACGUGGAUUUUGACAGCCCGAAUCGUACACGCUACGCAAAGAUGUCCGCCAAAGUGUAUCGAAACAUUGUUCAAACUAGACAAAUCAAUGACAAAUAUCGACCAAAACCGGAUGUGGUGAUCCCAAAUGCUUCACGGGCCUCGACGAUUUUCUGGGCAGGUCUUUCGAUUGUUGCGAUUGCUGUUGUGUAUCAGUAUUUUCUAUGAAUAAAUCGUUGUUUGUCGGAAGAA